AUGUUUUGCUUGCGCGACGUUAUUUCACAAUUGCCUUGCGAUGGGGCUACUAGGUGGAUAAAGGUUGAGAAUGUGAUUUCACCCAUGUCAAGCACUGAUGUAAUGAAGCUGUUUCCAGAGGCCGUAAGUUGGAAGUUCGCUUCUCACGUACAAAGAACAGAUUUUGUUGUGUGUUUCCCAAAUGAAUCCGUUGCAAGGAUCGCAAUGCGAAGGGUGGCGGGCCUGUCUUUUCUGGGUCAAAAAAUGAAGUUUAAUUUUAUACGUGAGAAUGGCGAAUCGGAAAACGCUUUACCCGUUAGACUGACCAGCUCUUUUCCCAGGCUUUACUUUCUGCCCCCGGAAGUUUCCUACGAGAGCCGUCGUAGUGAUGCAGACCGCAUCGUGACCUCCGUUGGCGUAACCACUCUGUCUUCUCAAAAUUGGGUAGACGCACGCUAA